GGGGGAAUCUGGCAUUUCCUUUGUGCGCCAUAUUCCAUUUUCGAUUAGGAGGUCUGACUGAAAAGAAGUCUGUAGACUUUGUUUUUAAUAUAAAUUACAAUGUCAGACGAUAAAAAGAUUGAAGAUGUAAAACCAGAAGGUUCUGAACAUAUAAACUUAAAAGUAACGGGUCAAGAUGGCAGUGUGGUACAUUUCAAAAUUAAACGCAACACACCAUUACGGAAACUGAUGUCUGCAUAUUGUGAUAGAGCUGGUUUAAAAAUGGGAGCAGUAAGAUUCAGAUUUGAUGGAAAUCCAAUAAAUGAAACAGACACACCCUCACAGCUGGACAUGGAAGAUGGGGACUCGAUAGACGUAUUUCAGCAACAAACAGGAGGACUUUGAAUAUUAUAUGUUGUGUUUUCUGGUCAUGCUAAAAUAUCAUUGUCAGUCAUACACAUCAAAAGUUGUAAAGUGAAAUGGACGCUUCAGUAAGGAGGCGAGAAGUGUAAAUUAUGUGGAUUUUUGUACAGAUUGUUUUUAACUCAUCACACUUCAUUGUCAUAUCAUAUUGAAUCAGAAUGAUGUUAUUUUAUGGCCUUUGACCUCUACAUGUUUAGGUAUCUAAUUCUUUCAGGAAUUGGUUCAGAUUCAUGCAAUAUAGAUUUCUAAAAUAGGAAAAACUAUUUAUUAUUUAAAUAAGCCAAACCGUUGUUAGUUUGGCAUGCAUAAUUUACAUUCUGUAAAAUUUCUUUUUUUUUUAACAAUAUUUGUGAAGUUUUUAACAAGGAAAAUGUAUCCUUACCAUUGUCUUUGAACCAUAGUUAUGUUAUUCUCAAUUUUAUUAGAUAAAUAUUCUGCCAGACCUUGAUGUGCUUUUCUAAAUUUUUUAUAAGUUUAAUUUUUUAAUGAUGCAUGUCAAACAUUUAACUCGAUAAGGAAAAUUAGGGUGAAGUACCAGUGUACAGGUUUUUCAUAUUGAAAUACAGUUUAAAAGGUUGUAGCGAACCUUUAGGAAAAUGAAUUUUAAUCAUUUUAACUGCAGUCACCAGUAGAGUGUUGUCAAUAGAUUCAUGAAAUUAAAAUUUGAAAGGAAUCAAAGCUUUACACGUCAUAAACAUACAUUUACAUUAUUUUCAUCAUGAUACAGGUGUAUUUUUAACUUUGACUGUCAUUGAAUCAUUGUUAUUUACAUGUAAAAAAUGUAGGAAAAAAUAAAAAUUUUGUCAGAAUAA